CGGGUACAUGCGGCAAGCAGCUCUGACUUGAGCUCACCAGUCUCAUCGCUCGUCUCUCCGCCACUCUUCUGAUCAUCAUCAAUCGUUGCAAGGUGUCUCUACGACAUGGCAGCCUCAUCCCCUCCGAGACCUCCAGCCUUGGGACAACGCCCACGCUUCCUGUCACGCCACCUCUUAGCGCAAUGUCUCCUUGUGAGCUGUCUUCUCGUACUUCUGGCCUCAUCCGUCCCUUUUGUGAGCGCUCAGACUUCAUCUGUCACCAGCAUCUCUAGCACAGCGUCCGGCUCCUCUGCAAGCGCCUCAUCCUCCAUAACAAAUUCCAACCUCACUUCAACUGUCUCGACUUCGACGGAGUCUGCCUAUCCCACAGCUACCUAUCCUUCCUCGUGGGCAGGAGUCGCCACUGCACCAGGCCCCCUGAGCGGUGGUACAAUGAGCGCAUCAGGACCGGAUGACUCGCACGUCGUCAGUGCAGCACCCCAACUGGCACUUAAGAAGAGCAGUGUCACAGCAGUAGGGGCAGCAAUGUUUCUGUACAUCGGCUGGGCUUGCUUGUGAGCCUGAACAGGCGGAUGACACAGCCUAGUAGCUACCCAGUGCCACAGGUCCGCUCUUUCACUUUACCCCGGAACCGCUUCAACUUCUGCACCGUCCAGAUCCUUGUUCAUAGAUCAGUCGCAUACAUAGACCGCCUCCGAAUUCAAAAGCGUGAUCAUAGAUAGUCAAUGAGAAAUUUGUAUCUUAGCCCAGUGGAUAGGCUAGCGGUGGCGCGUGAAGGUGGCAACGAUUCGCGGCAUUCUUGACCGCGACCCGUUGUCCGUAGCGUUCCUGACCCGCCCGCAAACCGAAUCACACGAUC